AGCCCAUCAGUGACGAUGAUGACAGUGUCUAAUUUCAACAGGCAAAAUCAUGUUUUAGCGUUAUGUUAAACCUUACAGUUAAGUAUUUAGUACCGUUGUUUAGAUCUUCGUAUGAUGAUGACAUUUUCUCCCUUUUCUAUUAUUUCAUCAUCAAAAGAAGUCCGUUGAUGAUGGCGUCACGAACGUCCCGGAUGUUGGCUCAUCGUCACGUUCAACAAGUCGUUCUCAUCAUUUUGACAUUACAGCAUUAGCUUAGUUAUGAAAUAAUGACAAUAUGAAUUCAUGCGAGGACUAAUUGAACACGAGGAGCACUUUUGACGACGAGAAGACAACAAUGUGGAGCAGAAGGUGAAAGUGAAAGUAAACGCGUUUGGCAGCAGCUUGUGUUGGUCUCCACGAUUUGAUCGAUAAGAGGCUUCCAGAUGACUCGGCCUGCGCUCGUCGCGUCGCCGCUGCUGCUGGCGGACGCCUCGCUCACGUGGACCUUCUGGAACGGCCUUCCGCCGGGUGGCGGCGCCAGCGCGGCGGGGCAGUGGGCGGCGGCGUCCCUCAGGUUGGCGCUCCUUCUCAUGGUGGCGCGCGUGGCGGCCUCCGGGAGGCGACGGGCGGCGGCGUACAGGCUGGCCGCGCUGCUCGCCCUCCUGCCCGCCGUCUUCCGGAGCGUCCGUGACCUGACGGGGGCCCCCGCGGAGCCUCGCGGCCCCGCCCGGGCGGGUGCCGCCCUGUGGCCGGCGGUGUGCUCGGCGCUGAGCUUUCUGAUUUGGGAGGCGGGCUCGGGCGGCGGCGAGUUGACGCGGGAGGGCGAGCCGCCGCCGGACGCUCGCCGGCUGCUCGCCAGGCUGCUUCAGUACGUCAGAGGCGACUUCCUCUUCCUGUCUGCGGGCUUCGUCUUCAUCAUCCUCACCGUAGUCUGCGACACGUCGGUGCCGCUGUUCCAGGGCAAGGUGACGGACGCGCUGCGAGGCGGAGCGCUCGACGCCGACUUCUACUCUGCCGUGGCGGCGCUGGCGUGCUUCUCUGCGGGCAGCUGCGUUUUCUCGGGUCUGAGGUCGGGAUUCUUCAAGAUCACGCACGCUCGGCUCAAUAGGCGCCUCAAGGUGGCGCUGUUUCGCACGCUGUUGAACCAGGAAGUGCUUUUCUUCGAGGAGAACGAUCCAGGAAGUCUUUGUUCCCGCCUGCACUCGGACGUGAACCGGAUGGGCCUGACGGUGGCGCUGAACGCCAACGCGGCGCUUCGCAGCUCGGUCAAGGCCGUCCUCAUGUUGGCGGCCAUGUUGCGUCUGUCGCCCGCGUUGACGGCGCUGGCGUGCGUGGAGAUCUUGGCCGUGGCCGCCGUGCAGAAACGACAAGUCCGCUGCGACAAGGAAUGGAAGGAGAAGACGCAGGACAGCCUGGCUCGCCUCCAGAAGCUGAGCCAUCAGUCGCUGGGCGGAAUCCGCACCGUCCGAAGCUUCCGCGGCCAGUCGGACGAGGCCCGAAGAUUCCGCCGAGAGUUGGAAACGCUGCGAGACAUCACAACGCGAGCGGCGCGACGCAAAGCCGUCUUUGUCCUCCUGCGCAGGUCGGGCGCUUUGCUCACCAAGACGGCCACGCUGCUGGCGGCGCGCUCUCUGGCGGCGGGCGGGGAGCUGAGCGUCGGGACCCUCCUGACCUUCCUCUUGUUCCGGAAGCCCAUGUCGCACAACCUCAAGGAAAUCUUCGUGUGCUGCAGCGACACGCUGGCCACGCUGGGGAUCAUCUCCAAAGUCUUGGGCUACAUGGACCGGACGCCCGACAGCCCCCCGGACGGCCGCCUGGCUCCCGCCGAGCUCGGGGGCACCGUCGAGUUCCGGAACGUCACUUUCGAGUAUCCGACGGCGCCGCGGGACAAACCGGCGCUGAAGGACGUGUCUCUGGUGCUGGAGGCGGGAAAGGUGACCGCCCUGGUGGGACCGUCGGGCAGCGGGAAGACUUCCUGCGUGGGACUCGUCAAGCGACUCUACCAACCUCAGCGAGGGAGCGUCCUGGUGGACGGGCGGCCCCUGCACGCGUACCGCAACGCUUACCUGCAUCGCAAGGUGGUUUCGGUCCCGCAGAAUCCAGUUCUGAUGCGCGGCUCGUUGCGCUACAACGUGGAGUACGGCCUAGACGACUGCGACUUCACGCGGGUGCGAGAGGUCGCCGUCAAGAUCAACGCGUUGGAUCUGCUGGCCAAGCUGGAGGCAAACUACCAUGCGGACGUGGGCGAGGGUGGCUUGCGUCUCUCGGAGGGCGAGAAGCAGAGCCUGGCGCUGGUGCGGGCGCUGGUCCGGCGGCCGCGGGUCCUCCUCCUGGACGAGGCCACCAGCCAGAUGGACGUCAGCGCGGAACAGGCCGUCUUGGAGGAGGUUCUGAGCUGCGGGUGCACAGUCCUGAUGGUGGCGCACCGUCUGGACAGCGCCGAGCGAGCCCACCGCGUCAUCCUCAUGGAGGACGGCGCGGUGACGGAGGAGGGGACGCACGCGCAGCUGAUGGCCAGGCGGGGGCGCUACCACAGACUCAGGGAGGAGCUCUUCAGCCCCAGGCCGACUGCCGUUCGGGGCGAUGCCGAGCGGUGAUCGGCUACCGCGGGACACGCCCGCCGGAGGAACAAUUAGGGGUCUGUCUAUGUCAUAUUUCGCUUUUAUAGCACUUUUCCUUCAUUACGGGCAUCAAUCCACAAUUUUAAAAAAGUCAUAAAUGCCACGGACGUGCACGCACGUGACGUUUUAACGUCUGGAAGGAAGCCGACGCAAGCGCUCUCUUAGGAUUUUUUUUUUUUUUUCCCCAGUCUGAAAAGUUUUCAUUUGCUCCACACUGCACGAGGGACGAAAUAUU